CUCUUCAGCGCUCCCGCCGGAACUCCACUUCCGAAAUCGUAACUCUCGUAACUCCACUUCACACCUGGAAAUGGCGACUUCCACCUUCGAUCCUACUCUUUCUCUCCUUUUGCUUUCCAAGUUCCCAAUCCCUCCUCUCAUCGUCGUCCUUCUCGCCGGCAUCGCGCUUCUCUGGUUCGCUCCCGGCGGCGUCGCAUGGGCCUUCUCUCGCGCCGCCAGGGCUGUUCCGGGUCCUCCCGGCGUUGUCUUAGCUCUUUCCGGCACCGCCGCUCACCGUGCACUAGCUAAGCUCUCUCAUUCUUUGAGAGCUUCCAAGCUGAUGGCUUUCUCUGUUGGUUUCUCUCGCUUCAUCGUCUCCAGCCACCCGGAAACCGCAAAGGAAAUCCUCUGUAGCUCGGCCUUCGCUGAUCGUCCAAUCAAGGAAUCAGCUUACGAGCUUCUCUUUCAUCGUGCGAUGGGAUUUGCUCCAUACGGUGAGUAUUGGAGGAAUCUCCGGAGGAUCUCUGCCACCUAUUUGUUCAGCCCUAGGAGAAUCUCAGCCUUCGGACAGCAGCGUAGAGAGAUUGGGGCUCAUAUGGUUGGGGAGAUUCAGAGCUUGAUGGGGAGAGAUGGUGAGGUGGAGAUCAAGAAAGUGUUGCAUUUUGCGUCUUUGAACAAUGUAAUGAUGAGUGUUUUUGGAAAAAGAUUUGAUUUUGGAGAAGGAGAAGGUUUGGAACUGGAAGGGCUUGUGAAGGAAGGGUAUGAACUGCUUGGGAUGUUCAACUGGAGUGAUCAUCUGCCAUUGUUAGGGUUGUUGGAUUUGCAAGGUGUGAGGAGGAGGUGCAAAAAGCUGGUUUCAAAAGUUAAUCUCUUUGUUGGGAGGAUCAUUGAGGAACAUAGAUGCAAAAGAAGUGCUUUUGGUGCAGCUUCUUCAAGUAGUGUUUGUGACUUUGUUGAUGUCCUGCUUGAUUUGGAGAAGGAUGAAAAGCUCUCUGAUGCUGAUAUGGUUGCUGUUCUCUGGGAGAUGAUCUUCAGAGGCACUGAUACUGUGGCAAUUCUUCUUGAAUGGAUCAUGGCUAGAAUGGUCUUACAUCCUGAAAUCCAAGCCAAAGCUCAAGCUGAGAUUGAUGCUGUUGUUGGAGAAUUCAAGCUUGUCUCUGAUGAAGAUAUUACCAACCUCCAUUACCUUCAAUGUAUUGUUAAAGAAUCUCUUAGAAUGCACCCUCCUGGUCCUCUCCUUUCUUGGGCUAGACUUGCAAUUCACAACGUAAAUGUCGGUGAUUACUUCAUCCCUGCCGGGACUACCGCAAUGGUGAAUAUGUAUGCGAUAACACACGAUGAAUGUGUAUGGUCUGAGGCUAAUGAAUUCAAGCCAGAGAGGUUCAUGGAGGAGGAAGUGAGCAUCAUGGGAUCUGAUCUUAGGCUUGCUCCAUUUGGUUCUGGGAGGAGAGUUUGUCCUGGGAAAGCCAUGGGCUUGGCCACUGUUCAUCUUUGGCUUGCUCAGCUACUUCAGAGCUUCAAAUGGCUGCCAUCAAAGCCUGGUGUGGAUUUGUCUGAAUGUUUGAAGUUGUCUCUUGAGAUGAAGAACCCCUUGAUUUGCAGAGCUACUCCUAGGAGUUGAAUGUCUGUAGUUUUAAGCUUGAUUUUCUCUGUAACAAACUGUUUGUUUUGUUUUGUUUUGUGAUCUGGUUGUAAUGUAUGUAAACACAUGAAAUUCUCAAUGUUG